GUUCAAACUUGUUCGCUCAGUUGCUGGAGCUGACGCUCGCUUGUGUAGCGUUUCGAAGUUUAGUAAGUUCAUUUCUUGUCCAGCGUCGUGCGUAUGUUUUCUUGCAAUCUGUCGGUCAACUGGACAGUUCCGGCAUCCUGUCCAAUGCGCAAUGAGCGAUAUCGUUAAGCGUAACAACAAGCGCUGCUGCAGCAGGGAGGCAACGUCCCUUAUUUGUUCUCUGUACUUCAGGUUUCAGGGAAUGAUGUUGCGAAUGAGUGACGAGCGCAAUGGAGAUGUCGGACUGACCUAAACGUAUUAACAAGAUUGUCGUUUGGUUACGUUCGAUGCUGUCUGUUCAGUGUACUGGCGACGAACAAUGUGGAGAUAUGGGACUGACGUGCUGGCAGAGUCAUGGAAUGAAGGCCACGAUUACUACGCCUGGCCUGUAAGCCAUUUGUUGGCACUUCAGCUGUGCUGGAGCUACGAUCACAUUUUAGUGAAAUAUGGGUGCAGUGACCAUUUUGCCACGGGCAGCAUGUUUAUGAUAGUUGCAUCUUUUAAAACAGUGCUUCCAGGCUCAUGGAAUGGAGGUGACGAAUACAACGCCUGUCCUUGUACCUCGGAAACGUUCCUUCCUGCUACCCACAGCCGUCUACCACCCCACACGUGUGUAAAGUACUGGUUGCAUUUGGAGCACUCAAGCACGGACCCAGAGACAGAGGCAAUACUUGCAGCUACCGGUGAUAUAAGUGCUGCGAUUUGUAUACAUGUACACUACUAUCUGCUUUGGAAGAGUACCAAGAUUUGCUGGUAUGUGACUGUGCAAUAAGGGGAAGUGCUCACAAUGUCUGCUGACUUGUCGACAUGUUUGGAAGUCAGUGUUUGCCCGUUAUGUUCAUAGAAAUAAAUCUUGUACCAACAUC